UCACACAAUCACAACCCAAUCCAAAAAACUACUCACCUUAGUUUAAGUUUCCCACUCCAAAUCCAAAUCAAAACAGAGAAAAGAAAGAGGGUUAUUGUGAUAACAAUGGAAAACCAAUCAUCAUCUUCAUUUUCGUCUUUGAUGGAGAUGCAGUUCCUUAUCCUUGAUCAAGUUCGGUUUUUGGAUGUGAAUGAAGAUACCCUUUCGCAGUGGGAACUCGUUGAUCUCUUUGAUGUUGAAGAAGAAUGGGAAGAACAAUGUGAUAAUGGUAAUAUUGUUGAUGAUGGGUUCAAUUACGCUGAUUCUUCCCCCAUUUCUUACCCUAAUGUUGACCCAAUUGAAGGAAUUGGCAAUUUUAUCCCUCGUCGUGACGUUGUUGAUCAUGAUCACGGUCAUCAUGAUAAUAACAACGAUGAUGAUGAGGUUGAAGGUGUUGACGACGAAGAUGAUGAAGAUGAUGAUGAUGGGUAUGACUUGGAUGAUGAGCUUGUUCCUUGGAAUGUCGGGAACAGGUUUGAGAGGCAGAGGAUGAGGAAAUUAGGGAAAAGGGCAUGUUCGAAAAUGAACAAUUCAAAGAGGAACCCUUAUUUGUACACAAGACCAGGGUGUGUGCGUGGUAAGCAUGGUUUAGGUCUUAAGCACACUUACUAAUUAUCGAUCCAAUUUGCUAAUUGGAGGGCUCUUCAAUAAUUAGGGCUUUGAAUUGGGUUGCUGGUUUCUCUAGUUAGUUUAACUAUUUAGAUUUUAGUUGAACUGUUGCUUAGUUUGUAUUUAUUUGAAUAUUUAUGGCUGUGUUGUUUAGGAUUAGGUAUGUAUUAUGUAAAUGAAUUUCUUUAACGUGGAUACCAUUUUCUAAAUGUAUAUCUUUAUUUUAUGUUUUGUUAAGGGAUUCAAUUGAGAUCCAUCUCUGAUCCGCAGGCAAUAACACUCUGUGUUCAUGAAUGUGAAUGUGAAUGUGUACGCCCUUUUUCUAAUUCAGAUACUACUAUUAGUUUGAUA